GGCUGCGCUACCACCUCCAGGCGGGCAGGUGGCGCUGUCCUUCGGCGCGGCAGGACUCCCGGAAAAAACCGGAGGGGGGGGCGGGGACAAAGAGCCUCUCUAGCCGCGCCAGUCCGUCCGUGGCCGGCGGCGGCGUUGGUGAUGGCGGCCGUCCUGUCCCCGCGGGUGUGUGACAGCGACCCGGCCACGCCUGGAGCCCAGUCUCUCAAGGUGAGCGGGGCAGCAAUAGCAGGAGGAGGAGGCGGCCGUCCUCUCUCAGGCGACUCGGCCUGCCGGGGCGGGAGUAUAAAUAAAGAAAUAACGGGCGACCUCCGGCGAGAAACGGCAGGUUGUGAAGGACUCUCGGCAGGGACCGACCGAGCGGCCCUGUUGCCUCGGCCGCCUCCCCGGCCCCGGGCUCAUCCCUGAGGAAACGAAAGGAGCCUCCGCCCCUGCCGUUGCCUUGGAGACGAGUCUCCCAAAAGCCUCUGCGCCCCCAGCCUCCCCCUCCAAGGCUGAUGGGCAGGAGCGCUUUCCUUGAAGUUGCCGCUUCGCUGUCUCCUUCGCUUUGUGUUUAUUUCGCCCCCGCGGAGGGGAAUCCAGUGGUUCUUGUAUCCAGGAUCGCAUUGGAUCUGAAGCUGCUCGGUUUCUGGCGAGGUUCCUUCAUCAUCCUCAUCGUGAGCCUAUAGGCUGUACUGCUGCUGGGACUAAGAGUUGAUGCUGCGCGUAUGACUACAUCACUAGGGAUGGGGAACUUGCGAUCCUCCGAAUGGCGUUGGGCUCCCAUCAUUCCUGACCAUUGGCCAAGCUGGCUGGGGCUAAUGGAAGCCGGAGUCCCAACAACACCUGGAGGGCCACAAGUUCCCUGUCCACCCUUGGUCUAUCCACGUUACAACCCCUCCGUGACAUUUACAUUUCGCUCGCAAAUGUUCCCAUGGAAGAAGUUGUGUAUGUGUGUGUGAAAAAGUGGACAUAUAUUGCACAGGAUCUACGGCAGUGGCAUAGAGCGCUCCCUCCACCAUAGGAUCCUUCUGUGGGAUUCCUGUUAGGAUUCUCCGGCAGCAGUGUCAAAAUAGGUUUUGCCUUCACUGCAACAGUAUCACAAAUGCAGUGCUUUAUUUUCCCCUACAGGAGUGAAUGGCUGUGUUCACUUAGGAGAAACUAAAGGGUCUUUGGGGGGACACCAUGGGGUGGCAGAUAAAUUUGCUUCUGGUGGUAACCCCUCCUCCCCACUUUAAGCACCCAACCUGCCUGUUCAUCUGCAUAGCCCUAUCCUGAGUUUUGUUUCUUGGUCUCUCUAGUGUUGGUAAUUCACUUUCAUAUACAUAGUAGAUUCUCUUGUUGCUAUCUUUCCCAUAUGGUUAUCUACCUCUGCAAGCCUGUUUACUGGAAGUAAGUCCCACUGAUGGGAUUCUUUUCCAGCUUGUAUAUUUAGGAUUUUAGUCUUACUGAAAUAUCAUAUAGCAUUCCCUUUGGGGGCAGCAUGAUACUUUCAGCAUAUUUUCAGCUUCUGCAAAUAAUUAUAUCUCACACUGUCAGUGAUAUAUGCUGUAGUCUGAUCCCAUAAAAUGCAUUUAAUCCAAGAAGUCCCUCUCACCCCAGCAUACCUUGUUAUAUUAUCACAGAUUCUUGAACAGUGGUUUCCAAACUUCUUUCCCUACAGACAACUUGAAAAUUGCUGGUAGGCUUGGCAGGCCACAUAAUGAUUUUUCUGUUUCUUGCAGUGAUUGUAAUUCCAUAGAAUACAAAUUGGAAUACAAAUAACAUAUAAAUUGUUGGAGUUGGAGAGCAUUUCAAAACUGAAUUCUGAACUUUUAAAAUUGUGUUUCAGUUGUUUAAUUUAUUACUCUUUUAAUAGUUUUGUACUGUACUUUAAUCUUUGGUUUCGUCUUUGUGAGCUAGCUAGAGAGCGUCUCUUAUGGCUUUACAAAUGAGGUAAAUAAAUAAAUAAAACAAAUAGUCAGAUCCUAAACUAUUUAAAGCAGAAGCUAGGAAACUUUUUUCUCUUCUUGCCAAGGGCUUCGUUUCAAGGGUGGGGUGGUGGUGAUCUGCUGGAAACCAUUUUCUGGUAGUGGGUAGGGCCACCCUGCCUGUCUCCACCAUCCCAGCUUCAGGAACUGCUGCUUCAAAUUGCUCAGGGCCAUGAAGUGGCAGGUCUCAGGUGAGCUUGCUUCCUGAACAUUUCUGUCAGAAAAAGGGAGAUGAAGCAUCAAGAGACACCCGCUGAUUGUGGGCCAGGGAGGAGGGGUUGAGGCUGAGGAGAGGAUGCAGACUGGAUGGGGAUUUAUGCCAUGGGCAGGUCAUUCCUCAGUCUUGAUUUAGGGCCUUAAAAUCCAGAAUAAUUAUAUUCUAGGUCUCUGAUGAGUAUGUGUUGUAAGUCCUGGGAGCUCUGCUUUUCGACAUUUGUCGCUUUGCUCUUUAUGUAGGAUGAUACAGAAGAGAAUUCAAACGAUGGCAGCCAACCAUCAAAAAGACGACGCAUGGGCUCAGGGGACAGCUCACGAAGUUGUGAAACUUCAAGUCAAGACCUUAGGUAUUAUGCAUUCUGUUUUUUUCUUCUCUAGAUGCAUACGGUAUGUAACCUUUCCCAAUAUAUUCCAGAUCGUUUAAAUAGAAAUAGGAAAUAUAUGUCUGACCCUCACUUGCUUACCCUCAAGCUUGUUAGGGUAACUCCCCAUGAACUAGAGCUCUGAAAUUUUGUACUCAUGCAGUCAGAGAUGGUCACUAUAGGAAUUUGAAAAUAGAUUGUAAGUACUUUUCUUUCUCAAAAAGGUACACUGGAACUGUGCCUCUUAUUAUUUAGUUGCCUCACUCUACCUAGAAAGUCGAAAUUUGGGGUUUUCUUUUUUUAUAAAAAGAAGCAGCAUAUUAUAGGACACCAUUACUAACCCGCAAACGGGGCAUUUUAACAUCUAACAGUUGGAACAUAGUCCAUGAAAUAAAGGGCAGUUUUUAAAAUUUAUAUUCUAAAAAUAAAAAUUCCACCUGAAGCGUGUCCAGGUGGUUAACAAUUUAAAUAAAUAAACAAAUAAUCCUUCUAUGGAGCAAGUGAAAUGGUAUGUGGGAUACAAUGAUGGACGGUGCACUGCAGGGUUUGCUUGUUUUUUUGUUCUUGUUUUCAUUAUGUAUUUCAUUUUUAUCUUGUAGUUUUAUGUUGUGAACUGCUCUGAGAUCUAUGGGUGAAGGACGUAUAAUUAAAUUAUUAUAAAUUUAAGAAGUAAUUAAUUAAUUAAUUGAACACUGAUUGUUUCAAGCUUGAUCUUUAUGUGUUUAGCUUUAGCUACUUUCCAGCUGAAAACCUGAUAGAGUACAAAUGGCCACCUGAUGAAACUGGAGAAUACUAUAUGCUUCAAGAGCAAGUCAGUGAAUACUUGGGCGUGACCUCCUUUAAGCGAAAAUAUCCAGGUAUUAAUGUUAGAAAUCCUUAUGUGAAGUGUUACAAAUCAAAUGUGCAUCCAUGAGGAUGUAUGAAUGUGUUUUCAUCUAGGACUAUUGAGGCUCCUAUUAUUUUGCUCUUGACUACAGAAUUCCUCAGCUUCCUUUGGGAAUGUAUUAUAUGAGAAUGGCACAUUUGGUUUUUGUCUCUUUUUUCAUUGAUAUCUAUGAAAACGUUUUACAUUUUAAAAUGUUAUUUUUGUGAUGUUUGUCUGUUGUCUUGAGUGCCUGACUUGGGGUACUUUGAAAAGAUGAGGCUUUUAAGCAAUUCUGUUCAUUUUUUAAACCCUUUAAUAAAAAGAAUCGAGAUAAUAUUUUCUUUGUUAUUCACAGUAAUGAACAUUUCAGUUGUUUGGUUUCCGCAGAUUGUUGCUGGUAGUCUUGAGCCAGUUACUGUCAUUCAACCUCAGGUUCCCUCUGUGUCAAUAAGGGAACAAUGAGGACAUUCCUCUCAACAUGACUGUGAGCAUGAAGGAUAAGCAGCAACAAAGGAAGCAAAAGUGAUUGUACUUCCUGUGCAAUUGUGGAAUCGCACAUCUACUUUAUGAUCAGAUGUGGGAGCACCACAUAUUCUUGGAACUUGUGCAUUUUGCUGCAUAGAUGAUGUAUGAGUCCAUGCUUCAUACUUUGCAGAAAAAGCACAACAGAUGAAUGGGCAAGUCACUCACAUCUUUUCUGUUGCAACUUGUUUGAAUGCCUUUAAUUUGAGCAGGGGGCUUUUUGCAGCACAUUCUCAUUUUUUGUGUAUAAGUAGACUUGCCCCUGUUCUUGACUUAGUGAAAAGGUGGGCUAGGGAAAGCAGUAGUGACUUCCCUCCCCCCGGCCCAACAUGCUUCUCAGGUUUGGUAGAGGCAAAAAGCAUAAUGCAUGGGUUAUCUUAUUAUUGUUUCCUGUGACAGAAGCAGUAACUUUCUAUUACAAGUACUUGAGUGAAAUUUAACUGUAACACAGCUAUAUUUAUUUUGUACUUUUGGAGAGGUUGCAAAAAUCCUUUACACUUUCUUUUUUACUACGUUUCCUCCCUUUUCCUGGAGAUUUAGAAAGACGAGAUCUAUCUCACAAAGAGAAACUCUACCUCAGAGAGUUAAAUGUCAUUACAGAAACACAGUGUACCUUAGGUAAGGACAAAAAGGGCAUUUUUUCCUUUUAAAAAAAUGAAGUAUGUAAACAUUUCCAAGAGAGUAAAAUGUAGGAGAGAUUAUUCAGUUUUUACUUUUUUAACAAUAAACUUGUGAAGAUGUGGAAACUGUUAUUCAAAAGAUUAUUACUUCAUUGCUCCUUAAAGUAGAUUGGGAAUAAACUGUGAAAAUAUGUAAUAUGUUUAGCUCAGCCUUAUGAUUAUAUUAUGAUUAUUUAUUAAUUUAUGUAACUGUUUAAGACCAGUAGUUUACAAAGCAGUUUACAAAAUAUAAAAAUCAGUUACGCUAAUAUAAAAUGUAAAAAUCCAUAAUUAAAAUAGACAAUAAAACAAUACAGCAGUUGGAGCAGGAGAUGUCAGAACUUGAUUCCGAAGUUCUGUGGGGUGAAUCAUUGUGCAAUUGUCACACACACUUUGCACUGCACUGAUGCUCUAAGUUAGGAUGGCUACAAAUCUUUAAAAAGAACUAAAACCCCCAAAGCCCUUAAUUUUGUCUCUUAUUUUGUAAUGAAAUUGCACAAGUGACUUUUUGAUGUAACCUAGGUCUCACUGCCUUACGCAGUGAUGAAGUAAUUGAUCUGAUGAUUAAAGAAUACCCGGCGAAACAUGCUGAGUACUCUGUCAUACUUCAAGAAAAAGAACGCCAGCGAAUAACCGAUCACUAUAAAGAGUAUUCUGUAAGUUCUGUCUCCAAAUUUAUUUGUGAAGAUGUUUACAAUCUUGGAACGUAUUAAAUGUCUUUUGGGAUAGAUAGCUUCUGCAGCUUGUGAACUAAUGGAAAAAAAAUCUGUUUCAGCAAAUGCAACAGCAGAACACACAGAAAGUUGAAGCAAGUAAAGUUCCAGAAUACAUUAAGAAAGCUGCCAAGAAAGCCGCCGAGUUCAACAGCAACUUAAACCGGGAACGAAUGGAAGAAAGAAGGGCCUAUUUUGAUUUACAGACACAUGUAGGAUGGCUUAACUUUUUUGCUCAAAUGACUAUAGGUAGCUUCUUGUUACCUAUAGUAAAGAUGCCAGAUUGGGGGAGGGGGAGGGGGGGAGGUGUUGGAAAAUAUAGCAUUUUAUUUAAACCUCAGUAGAUAUUUCUCAGGAGAGAGAAUACAGUUGGAAGUUAUUUAUCCAGUUUUUUUCUUGGUUGAGCAGGGAACUGCCUUUCUCAGAUCUUGCCACUGCCCUCUGGAGUAGCCCAGUAGUCACCACUGGUUUACAACAGUGAAACAUUAUUUUGAUUGGGUUUUGAAUUACUCCAGACUGAAAUCACUGUGAGCUCACCCUCUUUUACUCUUGAUGCUUUGAGAUGCACAACAAGGUUUUGCCAUCCCUAUAUUGCUUCACUUCCAGUACAAUUGCUCCCUUUUUGUUUAUAAAAAGAAAUAUGAAAAUGGAAUAAUCAGCGUUUCAGAUCACAAAUGCAUUUUAGCAAUAUUCAUUCUUUAUGUUUUAUUUUGUAUUCUGUUCUGAUGGAAAAGAUAAGGAAUUUUAUUUUAUUUUAUGGGAGCACAUAGGAAAACUGCCACUUCAGGUGUGUUUCUUGAACCUUAAUUCUGUACAGAGAGUGGGGAACUUGGACCAUGUUCUUUCCCCUCUCCUUGCCCCUCGGCCACAGUGUAAAGCGAUUAGGAGUAUGGAUCUGCUUGCCCUAAUCCCCUCUUAGGCUGAUUGAUGCAAUUACACAGCAAAAUUCUGGGAUGUGGAAUGGAGGGUCACACUACAGAUAUUCCUACACAAUAUGCAUAUGCCAUACCAUUGUGAUCCAGAAAACACAUAAAUAUAUGUAGAUACAUGCAGCCUAGGUCACAUUAUUUAACAUGUACCUGGGGGUGCACGCAAUACUAAUGCCUCACCGUCUGUACAGAAUUUUUAAUCAGUAGCUGCGUGAUCCACUCCUUGGGAUGUGAUCCACUCCUUGGGGUAUGGAAGAUCUGGUAAUUUUAUCCAAUCUAUUGGAAUUGAAUCUCAGGUUAUACGAUGCAUUAUGCAUGAGGGCGAGUUGGCAACAGAAAUUUCAUAGUUCCAAUGAAUCUAGCUAAAUGAUCAUUUGGAAAAGCAAGCCACUUCAUUAAAUGUAGGAAAUGAGCUCCUUAUUUUUUCUGUUAAUCCAGGUUAUCCAGGUGCCUCAAGGAAAAUAUAAAAUUUUACCUACAGAAAGGACAAAGGUUAGUCCUUAUCCAGUGUCUCUCAUACCAGGCCAGUUUCAGGAGUACUAUAAAAGGUAAUUGUAAAAAUAAUCAAAUAACAUUUGUUCUGCUGUAGCUGAUUGUUUUUUUUUCUUGAAAGCAUUUUACUGUGCUGUUCAGCCAAUGGGGAGGAAAGGCUGUCAGAGCAGCUUGCAAAUAUCAGUAAUGAAACAGUCCCUGCCUUUAGGCUUGUAAUCUAAAAGUCACGACACAAAAGGAAAUGUUCUUGCAAAAGUGGUGGGAAAAGCAAACAAGCACUAAUUAUUUAUUGCUUUAGGAAAAUGUAGCUUGUAGAAAUAAAAACCCCCAAAUAUAUAUAAGGGAAUGACAUACUUUUAAAGGGCAAGCUUGGCAAACCUGGCUUGGUUACCUCUCUAUAUAAAUAUAGAAUAACUAAAUAUAAGAAUUGCCUUGUUCAGCAUGUACUUUAGAUUGGAUUCAGAGGAUCAGGAUUUUAACAAAUGAGAAAACAUUCCUGUGUCACUCCAAAUUGCAUGGCAAUGGUGUACAGUACGUAGGGUCUACAGAACAUAUCCCUUUAUAUACAGUGCUUUCACACAUUUUACUUGCAUGAAUUCUGUUAUACACGCAGUGGCCAUCCUGGGGAUGGUUGCAGUGGAGGACGGGGAGAGACUUAGGUAGAAGAGACAGAGAGGCUGACAGAGGCAGAAGACACCUGAAAGAUGAACAGGGAAGCAGAUGGAGGAAGAAGAAACCCUGGCUCCCUUGGUUGUGGAAUGGAGCAGAGGUGGACAGAGAGAGAUGUUGGCAGAAUAAAAAUGCUGGAGUGGAUGUGAGAUGAAGCUGCAGCUUCUGCCUGCCUCUUGCCCUGUCUACCUUUCCUCUCCCUUCUGCAGCGGAGGAAACCAGGUUUCUUCUUCCUUUUUCUGCCUCUACCGCUUCCCUGCUUAUCUUUCCUCCAAGGGAGCCAGAUUUCUUCUUCCCCCAUAUGCUUUCACUGCUUCCUCGCUGUUUCUUCCUCUGGCAGUGGAGACAUAGGGAGGUCCUGCAUGUGUGGGCUCCCCCACUUCCAGCCAGCAGCUUUUGACUAUGUGGCGAUUUUGCAUAUGCAUGAAAUCGAACUGUAUAUACAAUUGUUUUAUUGUUACCUUUCAGAUACAAAUUUAUUCAUCAUAGUUGAAUCACUGAAAAGUAGUUUUUGAAGUCCAAGCUGUUUGUAUUAUCCCUUAUUGCCAUACAGUGUAUACAUAGUGUAUCAAAAGAUGGUACUGAAAAUAAUUACUUUUUCACUUCAGAUACUCUCCAGAUGAGCUUCGAUAUUUGCCGCUAAAUACAGCUCUUUAUGAGCCUCCCUUAGAUCCAGAGCUGCCUGCACUGGAUAGUGAUGGAGAUUCUGAUGAUGCAGAAGAGCGUGGUGAUGAAAAGAGGAAAAUCAAAGGCAAUUCGGUGAGCAAAAGUAGUGUUUGCCUAUGUAUGUAUGCUUUCAUAUAUAGCUAGAUAAAUUAACAGAAACUUCGAAAAUACAGAGGAUAAAUACCCUAUUAUUAUCCAAGUGUUUUGUAAGAAUAAAGCACUAGAGAUAUUUUUGAAUUGUAUUCUUGUCUAUAUACCUAUUGUUAUUUCUGAUUGAGGUCCAAUCGAUUAACCUUGUGCCAUUCUUAAGACUUGUUAAAUGUGAUCCCUAGCACUCUAUCAACAGAGCACUGGAUUGAAGGGCCAGGCUAUUAGUUAUUUCAUUGGGUACCUCUAUGGUGAAUAAGUGCCCUAUGCUUCAGAGUAAAGAAAGCAAAGUUUGAAGUUUAGAAAGAGAUCAUUUUUUUCCUUUGUCCACUCCAAGCAAACCAACAAAAUGAUGGUGCUUUUGUUAUAGGACAACUCAUCUGGCAAUGUGUCUGAAGGUGAAUGCCCCCCUGAAAACCAGGAGGAACCUAUUCAGGGAAGACAAAAAACAAGAGAGAAAAACUCUACACCAAGAAAAGAGGGUUCCAAACGAUCUGUAUCCAAGUCAGUUCCUGGGUACAAGGUAGAAGAAAAAAGCCCCUGACUCAGCUUCUUUACUGACCAGCCUCUCUCCCUGAAACAUUUAACUUUGUUUUUUCAAAAAUAUGGAACUUCUGCUUACUAUACUUGGCUAGCUGCUCUCCUGUUAUGCGUUCCUGUUCGCUUCUUUACUUCCUGUUGCUUUAUUUUACUUGGGGCCUUACUGUUUGUUACCCUGGCUGUGGAGUGGCUUCUAUUUUCUAUACUUAAAUUGGUUCCUAAGCAACUGCAGCAUGAAACCCCAUUAUAGAGGAAGUUCCCCCUCUCGUUUUGCAGGGUGGGGGGGGGUGUUCUGUUCUUUUAUUGUCAUUAUAAGGUAGAUGGUUACAUAUCAAAUAUCCAGUUGGGAUUGAAUUAAAAUACCUUGCUCAUGUGUGGAAUGGACUGUAAAAAUGUUGCAAAAACUUUGCACAUAUAUUUUCUUAACUCUUUACAGGUCAAAAGCAUUUUAACUGUUUAGAAAGUGAUUUGGUAAUAGUAAUCUUAACAUUUCCCUAGAAUGUAGGAUGCUGGGAACCUAGAUUUGAUUUGAGCAGCACUGCACUAUUGUUUGCAGGGGGAAAUAUUCAGCUAACCUUGUAAGAAAUCAUUUGGACAAUACGUUUUCACCCUUACCUCUAUGGGCAGUGAGGGUCAGGAGCUGCUCUUGGGACUCACAUGCUUCCUCCAUGCCCCUUCUCCUAAUUGUGUGAAUAAUGACUAAACUUGAAGGUCUCCACAUUUGAAUGUGAGCAUCUCCCUAACCUUGCCAGUAUAUAGAUAUCCAACUCUGUAAUUUAGAAAAUGGUUCCGUAUCAUAGGGUAGGGGAGAUUGUGGACUAAAAAAUGGGAUCUCCUGCUGCGGUCACAUUAUGUGUUCAAUUAUGGGGGGAGGGUAGAGAGAAAGUAUACGAUCCUGAGAUUGCCUGUGAUAUCAUUGCACAGAGAGGUGAGUGGGGAAGCAGUAGUAUCUGAACAGGUCCAGAAUCUCAGAACCUUAUCUUAAACUUGUCAUGUUUGAACAGUGAUGAUUACAUCCAGCUUUGUAAUCAACGGAUGGAUUUCAGUUUAGGAUUAAAAGUAUUUUUCAUAUUUCAGUGGAAAUUCAUGUUUAGUGUUAAGGAAAAUAAGAAGCAAGCUAUUUGGUUUCCAUUGAAACCAAGGGGAUAUUUGCUUUAUACUAUAGUUGGAAGAAGAUAAGGCAUGUGGAUUGGAAAGGGUACAGGAAGAAAGUUAAGGGUGGUAAUUCUGAGUUGCCAGCAUGAUUGUUAAACAACGUCUAGCCUGAGAAGUUGUGUAGCACAAGUAACCUAAUUUUAAAGUUCUGCAAACUGUUACCAAACUGCAUCAUUUAUUUUAAUUGCUUAUUUCCCCCCCAAAUCAAACCGUUCACUUUCCAGUUUGCAUUGUGCAGCUUCUGUUGGAAAAGACUUGCAGGAAUAUUGUUUCAACAGGAUAAAUGCAUACUUUUAGACUAUAUUACAGAAAUGUUAUAUGUCAUCUAUAUCUCAUUUCAGGAAUAAUUUUACAUGAUGCAAAUAAGAGAUUUAAACGUUUGCAGAACAUGUCUAUUUUUACAUAUUUGCAUUGCAAAGUGUUUACUUUAUUGCAGACUUAAACUCAUGCCAGUAAUGUAAUUUUAUGAAAUCCAAAGAUGAAGCUUGAAAGGCUUAGUAGCAUUUUUGAACUUUAAGUAUUAUGUGAACAAAGUCCAUAAGAUUCAGCAAAUGUUUGGCUAGUCUUUCAUUGUGAAGGGAUAGCAUAAAGAAGUGAUUGCCGAGGCUUGUGACUGCUAAAGAUACAACUAUCUUUUUUCAGUACUUGGAUUCAAAAAUGGAUCCUGGUGAUUGCUGGUCACCGGUUCAAAAGCAUAUUCUAGUAAGUCUAGAUGAAUCACAGGAAAGCUCUAUGCAAGAUCUCCUGUCGUAAAUGCUUAUUGUGCUCUCGCUGCUGCCAUUCAUUUCAAUGGUGCUGGUGCUGGAGUCUUUCCUGGUGCAUUGGGCCCCAAGCAGACAGCACAAACUACUUUGAAAACACAAUGAUGCCAACAACCCACCCAACCCUCCCCCACAAUUUAUGGCUAUUCUCACUAUAACUUACACUUCCUUGAAUGUAAGGCCAGGAUGAUUUUAAACACAUGAUAGAUUUUAUGGAGCUGAUUAAAACAUGACAGAUAGAUAGAUAACUAUCUAUAACAGGUAUUUCUUUUAUACAUUAUGUGCUGAAAAUGGGACUUCAACUAAUGUCCCAGGAAUAUAUAAUGAUUUUAUUAUGCAACAUGCACUAUCCAUUUAUCAUCCUUUACCAGUCUUUAAAUUACAAUAUUCACUCUAAAACUAAAAUUCAAGCUUAAGAAGACUUACAAAAUCCAGGCAUACUGUUGUUAUGCCAUAGAAAGCAAAUGUUGAGAGUUUUUCUCCUUUUAACUUCUGUUUAACUUUUACUAUUUUUAAACUAUUGAAACGUUUUUUCCUCCUCAUGAUAUACCAUUCCUAUAUAGCCAUUAAUUUUUACUGCAAUUGAUGAAGGACUGGCUGUUAUAAUUGCACAUGCAGUAUUCUUUUCUCAGAAUAAGGGAGAUUUGCACAUAUGUUAAGUUGAGCAUGUGGGAAGAGACUGACUUGCCCUUUCCCCCAUCCCAGAAUUUUUCAAUUUACAUUCCGUUACUAUGAAAACAGGAAGAACUUAUUUUCUGGCAAAGUAAUUUUCGGAAACAUGGUGUGCUUGUAAACUAUUUUUGAUUUAGCUACAGUUUAGCUGCUUAAAGUCCACUGGUCUUGUUCAAGUGUAACAUUUCUGGUCCAAGAAACCAUGGUUUUGGAGUGGGAGCAAGCGAAGAGUUUGAGCUCUCCAUCUUCCCCAUCCGUCAUCUGCCAAACCUGGAAACUGUAGUUUAACCCACCAGGAAAUCUUCAUGGAAUCUGCAAAGCAUUGAAAUAAAUGCACUUAAUUUACUUCUGGGGAUCCAUUCCUAGUAUGACUAGGUCAGAUAUAAUCCCAAGGGGUGAUAGUCAACUAAGUUUUACUCAGAGCAACCUUUUGAAAUUAAUGGACCUAAUCUUGUCAUGUUCAUUAAUUUCAAUGAGUCUACUCUGAGUAAGAUUUAGUUGGAUUAAACCCUGGACCAGGGAUGCUACAUAUGAACCAGGCCAGUGUUUUCAAUGGGAUUUAAUCAGCUUGUGUCUGGAUUGCAGCCUUUGUCAUAAAACCAAUUUUGGGAGCAGCAAGCCAGGAACUCUUUUUCCCCCUCACCUCUUUUGUCGAGUUGAAUAUGAUUAGGAGAACAAUAUGUCAAACAGUGUUUUCCAACGUUCCCGCAAAGCCAUUUUUAUUUUUCUGUUUUCACUUAAAAUUGCUUUGAAAUGUGAACAGGCUUUCCUUUCUAUUUCAUUUUGAUAGGGGAAUACUCCAAUGUCUUUGGAGGGUCUUUAACUAGUACGCUGUGACUAUUUCACUCCUAGUUUUGUGGAACUAGGACUAGGGGGAAAUGUUAUUAAUAACUGCACCUUCACCAGUGUUUUCGCAUUUAAGUAUCAUAGUAUUAACUGCACAUACCACAGCACAGAUCUAGUGACUCAAUGGUUGUUUUGCUUUGGGUGACUGAAAGAGAGGUUGCUACUGUGUACCACAUCAGUAGAAUAUACAUAUGAUAAAAAGAAUUAGAGAAGUGCACUUGCUGUUUUGUUUUAUAUUGAUAUAACUUAAAACACAAACAUUACUCAUAGAAUGUAGCAAUACAAGAGGGAGAUCAUUGCAGGAAUGAGGUUUAAUAUUUUGUUGGUAGGCGCAGGGUAUAAAAAGGUAUAAAAGUAGGAGUAGAAUAGGUAAUAGAAAAUUUUUAUAUGUAUGUUUUCUCUUUCGUGGUAUUUAUUAUUUUGUAGAGACAUUUGUGAAUGUUAGUCUCCUUUUAUCAUUCAAUUAUAUUUAUGUAUAAAACAGGUGGACUAUGCUUUUUUAAAAAAUAAAUAAGCAAAAAAUUAUUCAUGAAUGCUUCUGUCAUCUUUUGGAAAACAAGCUGUUUAUAAAUGCCUUGUGGGUAUUUAAACAAACCUCUGGAGGCCAGGCAAGUUAAAGUGCUCUGAAGCCCUAGUUUAAUUUAGAUAUUCAAAUAUUCUAGGAAACCAGACUAAGGCUUAUUAGUAUGUACUUCUCUGCGGUUUAGAAAUUAUUAGGAAAUACUAGGUUAAAAUUUUUAAAAAUCAGUGUUAAGGUUUGAUUUUUCACUUUUGUUUUGCUUAUACAAUAAGUUCUAAAGAACCUACAGUGGUACCUUGGGUUAAGUACUUAAUUCGUUCCGGAGGUCCGUUCUUAACCUGAAAACUGUUCUUAACCUGAAGCACUUUAGCUAAUGGGGCCUCCCGCUGUACCUGCGCCACCGUAGCACGAUUUCUGUUCUCAUCCUGAAGCAAAGUUCUUAACCCGAGGUAGUAUUUCUGGGUUAGCGGAGUCUGUAACCUGAAGCGUAUGUAACCCGAGGUACCACUGUAGUUUUCUGCAUUUGAUAAGCAAAGUUUUUAUAAACCAGUACUUUUCAUUACUUAACAGCAAUCAGAACAUCUCAAAUCUAUGCUGCUUCUCUCAGCAGAACCAAAACAUCACUGACAGGGAUGUGUAUUUAGCAAGGGUAGCUGUUAACAUUUCAUUGUCUGAAUGUUUAGAAAACUAGCAUAAGAGACCAUUCCACAUUAAUUUGUUUAAAGCUCCUCCUCCUUUCCUUAUUGGCUUUGCAAAGUUCUACCUGCUCACACUUCUCACUCUUUCAAAGCUGGGGAUAUGUUCAGAUGUUUUGGUGCUUGUUUUGCUAAGCAAAUAUGGUUCUUCUUCAAAGCAAAAACUUCUAGUUAUAACAAAUAAGCAAGUUCACACCAGGAGGUUCCCAUUCUGCUAACGUAACAUGACAAGGUGUUUCAGGUACAGAUACAUACAGUAUCUCUUAAUGCCAGCAGAAGCUGCCCUUGUAUGUAGACAACAAUUAAUACAGUAUGCAAACUCAAUUGCAUAAGGGAUAGAAUUGGUAUCUACCCUGUUCAAGGGUGGUAUGAGCUAGAGUUCCAUCUCUUUGUCACAUAACGACAAAGAAUAACAGGGGACAGUGUUUUGCACAUUGAAAGUGCAGACAGUUGUCGGGACGAACCAAACCGGCUGCAGUCUGUGGGACUAAGUUGGCUAUAUAUUUAAAACCUGCUCUCUAUUUCUGAGCUUACAUUUGCUAGCGACGGGGUCAGAUUUUGUUUCACAUGCCCACAGCUAAGUGUCCAAUUGCCGCUUGCUUCAUUUCGGCAUUGGCUUCAACUGAUAAACAUGAGAUAACGUAGCAGGCUUCAAUCAGCAAGACUCAGCUGUGCUGGGAAACAUUUCUGCCUAUGGCUUUGCUGAAGUUCAGGUCUCUAGAUUCAAGAUCUGCCUUUCAGGAGCGAAAAUACUAGGCUGGCUGGGUCAUUUGUUUGAGUUGAUGUUAAGACAGCACCUUUAUACUACUAUGAAUUACUCUAUACUGUAUAGUGAAUCAUCUCACUGGUCUUAAUAACAUUGUUGCCAGUGGCUUUUUGCAAGACUUUAGUAUUAAGGCAACACACAACACUAUGAACUGCUAAUUAAUUCAGUUCAGAAUGUUUUGCCAAAUCUCUUUGUAGAAGGCAAAAAGCAUCAUAUAUGAUUUAGCAUAUAUAUUUUAUAUUUAUAGUUCAAAUAAUAUGAAUUGCAUUUCAAGAGACGUUCCCACGUUACUGAUUUUCAUGCAUCAUGUGCAGGCUAUAGACAAACCGUAAUAUUAUUAGAAAUUAUCAGCAUUUUUCUUUGUAAAAUUCAUAUUCAUUGUGUAAUUUGAUCAUUUGACUGACAUUUUUAAAUGAAAGAGUUUUAAUUACAUAUGCUUUCUUUGGCUGGGAUACAUUUUGUAAACUAUACAUGUUUUGAAUACAGUGGUGCCCACAAGGCAGACGCCUCGCAAGACGAAAAACCCGCUAGACGAAAGGGUUUUCCGUUUUGGAGCGCUUCACAAGCAAUUUCCCUAUGGGCUUGCUUCGCAAGACGAAGCCCAUAGGGAAAUCUCCGAUCCCGCGAAGCCUGGGCGCGCUGAUCUCAGCGCGCGCAGGCUCGGCAUGCCGGCAACUCUCCGCGAGCAGCGGCAGCGCUGCCGCUGCUCGCGGAGAGGUCCGCGGAGCCUGGGCGCGCUGAUCUCAGCGCGCGCAGGCUUCGGCAUGCCGGCAACUCUCCGCGAGCAGCGGCAGCGCUGCUGCUGCUCGCGGAGAGGUCCGCGAAGCCUGGGCGCGCUGAUCUCAGCGCGCGCAGGCUCGGCAUGCCGGCAACUCUCCGCGAGCAGCGGCUGGCGCUGCCGCUGCUCGCGGAGAGGUCCGCGAAGCCUGGGCGCGCUGAUCUCAGCGCGCGCAGGCUUCGGCAUGCCGGCAACUCUCCGCGAGCAGCGGCAGCGCUGCCGCUGCUCGCGGAGAGGUCCGCGAAGCCUGGGCGCGCUGAUCUCAGCGCGCGCAGGCUCGGCAUGCCGGCAACUCUCCGCAAGCAGCGGCAGCGCUGCCGCUGCUCGCGGAGAGGUCCGCGAAGCCUGGGCGCGCUGAUCUCAGCGCGCGCAGGCCCCGGCAUGCCGGCAACUCUCCGCAAGCAGCGGCAGCGCUGCCGCUGCUCGCGGAGAGGUCCGCGGAGCCUGGGCGCGCUGAUCUCAGCGCGCGCAGGCUUCGGCAUGCCGGCAACUCUCCGCAAGCAGCGGCAGCACUGCCGCUGCUUGCGGAGAGGUCCGCGAAGCCUUGGCUGGACAGCUUUUGAAGGCAGGUGGGGGGGACAAAGACUUUGCGCCCCGCCAGCCUUCAGAAGAGGUCCAGGACCUCUUCUGAAGGCUGGCGGGGGCAAAAGUCUUUGUCCCCCUGCCUGCCUUCCCAGAGGCUUUAAAUUGCCCCGGACAGCGGAGAAGUCCUCCGCUGUCCCGGGGCAAUUCAAAAUGCCGCCCGCCAGCAUUUUAAGAUCGCCCGGACAGCGGAGAAGCCCUCCGCUGUCCCGGGGUUUACAAAUGCUGGGGGUGAGAAGAAAAGCCCUUGUCCCCCCCAGCCUUCAGAAGAGGUCGGGGGACAGACUGUCCCCGGACCUGGUCUGAAGUCGGUUUCCCUAGGAACGCAUUAAUUGAUUUUCAAUGCAUUCCUAUGGGAAACCGUGCAUCGCAAGACGAAAAACUCGCAAGAAGAAAAAACUUGCGGAACGAAUUAAUUUCGUCUUGCGAGGCACCACUGUAGUUUGUUCAUUUCUGUAUCCAGUAUAAUCAAUGCUUGCCAAUUUUUAAUCAUUCCCUUUGAUCCACACCACUCACAAGGUUCAUUAAUUUAUAAAGGUUAAAAUAAGUACAUUUUUUUUAAAAAAACAACAAAAACCUGUUCUCAAUUCUUCUGGAAUGAAUUUAUAGCCCUCUUCUACCCUUCCAGCCAAAGGCCAUUCCAAAUGCUAUAUGUGGAAUUUGUCUGAAGGGUAAGGAGUCCAACAAGAAAGGGAAGGCUGAAGCACUUAUACACUGCUCCCAAUGUGAAAACAGUGGUAAGUAACAGAAUCUGCUUUGAAUAAAUCUCUAAAUAUUUAAAGUGAUGACCCAUUUUAAAGAACAACCUGCAAUGCAGAAUCAAACUAAUGCUUUUGCAAUUUUUUAAAAAAAGUUAAUUUAGCAUAUCUGACAUGCUGAAAUGAACUCAAAAUGUUCUGUGAAAUAAACCAUUUUAAUUAUUCUCAUUAAAGAUGCUUCAUUUGACCAUUCUAGUAACAAUACUGGUUUUGAUCUAGGCCACCCAUCCUGUCUGGAUAUGUCUGCAGAGCUUGUUGCAAUAAUUAAGACCUACCCUUGGCAAUGUAUGGAGUGUAAAACAUGCAUUAUAUGUGGGCAACCUCACCAUGAGGAAGAAAUGAUGUUCUGUGAUGUGUGUGACCGUGGCUAUCAUACGUUUUGUGUGGGGCUUGGUGCUAUUCCAACAGGUAAUUAUAUAAGUUACUCUUGUUCAGAGAUUGAACCAAGAUCCAAGAUUAAUGAAGCACAAUCUUGCUUCACUCCUUUCAGAAAGCUCAGAUCUCAACAUUUUGUAUGUCACUUGUAUCUAUUUUAGUGAAAUCUUGGAGGCAGCUGUUUCUUACACACUUCAUUUACUCUCUCAAUUCUUGUUCAUAAAAAGUGUUUGCAAUUUAGGAUUUAACAGUAUGAUAAUAAACAUUGAAAGAAGUAAAAAGUUUGGAGAUGGGAAGUCGGAUGUCAGAAACUUAACUAGAGAGAAGCUGACAUCUGAUGAAAAUUAUUCUCAGUGGGUUUGGCAGUGCAGUUGUUUCAUUGAACUGACACCUUCUCUUCUCUUCCCCUCUCCUCCAAUCCCACACCCUGUGUGUAGUUUAAGUUUAUGUGACUUUAAUCAAGUAGAAAUGGUCAGUGUUGUAAGCCACUGAAAGCUUUUCGGAAACACAUCAUAAAUCAAACAGGUUUUUGAAGCUAGCGAAAAAUGUAGGUGGUUCCUUAUCAAACAGCAGAUGUUAUACCCAUUCAGGCACGUAAUUAUACUUUACAGACUGUUUUCUUCAUUGGACAAAGGACAUUAAAGCUAACCUAAUCCCACUGUGCCUCAUUCACCAUUUUGCUCUUUCCCUAUAGCACAUUGAAUGAGUACCUACCUAAAUUUACCUAGGGAAAAUAAUUGAGUAGGGUACUGCUGUACCUACUUUCAAGCUUACUUAAGGAAAUGAACAAUAGUGUGCUGUUUCAAUCUCAGAGGGAAUCAUUCUCAGUGCUGGAGCAUGAAUAUUAAGUGAUGCACUGACAUUUAAGUAAACAAACUGAAGAGGCUCAGCACAUACUUCUUGAACAAUUCACAUGACUUGAGUGUCACCGGUAUAGCCAACCUUGAAUAGCUUUCAGCAUAUUAUAUAAAGAAUUGAGAAGCAAGCACAGUUUCUUCCCACCAUUGCGUCUGUUUACCUGCCUGUGGGGAAGGAGGAAAAAAUCUUCAAGGUCCCUGAAAUUUAAGUUGCAUGAAAUUGAAAAAUAACAGCCAAAUUAAAAGCAAGUUUGCUUGAAAGCAAGUCCCUCAUCAUUCAUUGGGACACAGUCCCAAGAAAGUGGGGAUAUGAUUGCAAUCUUAUUAACAUUUGUGUCCUUCCGUACUCUGCUCCCCAAAAGCACUUGAAGUGAAUGACGUUUUUAUAGUAGCAGAUGUUUGCUCUACUGUUAACUGACAACUCUAAUUUUGUAGGUCGCUGGAUUUGUGACUGUUGCGAAAGACAACCUCCAAUACCCAGAGGCAGAGGAAGAAGAGGGAAGAACAGCAAAGAAGGCUAAAAUCAAUAUUUACACUCUUUAUAUAUAACUGCACAAAAACAAGUGCUAAGCUUGGUGCUAUUUACCUACCACUCUGUAUAAGGAAAAAUACCACUCAAAAUGUUUUUCACCAAAUAAAGUUUUUAAUUUUAGGAGGACAGGGAAGGAUACAUUCUAUUCCAGUAGCUUUGCUUGAAAAUCCCAUGCAAAGGGAAAGUGCCCAGUUGAAAUUCUGUAAAUCUAUCAAUUGUUUCAUGGAUACAGUGCUGCUGCAUAGCAGUCAUUGCACAACAGACUUUAUUUAUUGCAUAGCAAUCAAUUGUGUUCUCUGUCCAGCUCAAAGAAAAGGACUGAAUCACUAGUUGGCAAUUACUGUUUUCUGAUGGGAGUUGCCUUUAAGCAGAGUACUAAUGCCUGACAAGAAAAAAAAUCCAUCAAGUGGUACAAAUCUCAUAUGAUAUAAUGAAUUUAGGUUUACAGCAAGAAAUCAUGUAGACCUUAUAUUGGUCAUGCCAAAUUAUGUCUCUUAAAUCAAUGCUUCUUCCUUCAAACCACAAGAAAAGGAGGAUAAUUCAUAUUUUCUUUUUUAGGAUGUUAUAUCGUAUGAAAGCAGCCUUAGUUAAAUGGCUUUCAUGUUCCAAAAGCUGCUAGCAUUUAAAAAUGGUAUUUGCUCCUAGUGUAUUCAUACAGAAGAGGUUAAAGUAUUUAUAAUUGAAAUGUGCUGAAAUACUGUAUGGAAAUUAGUCUUUUUACUAUUCUUAAAAUCUUUGUAUAGAAAAUCAGUUUUAUUCAAAGUCACAGUGAACUGUAAUAUUCAUAUUUGACCCUGAUCAGUUAAGAGAAAACUUAUACAAAUACUGUGCCUGUUGCAGUGUACCUGUGGGAAAAGUUUACAAUACAAAAAUUGUUAUGGCUU